AAGCAAAGUGGGUGUAGUUUGAGGGAGUGACGGUGCAAAUCAGGUCUGCCCGAGGGGGCGAAAGUCCCGGUGGAAGAGCCUGAGAGUCUUCAGCGGCCUAAUUGAGAAGAAAAUUUCGGUGGUGGCCGCUUAAUUUCGGCUUCUUCAGGCUCUAGCGAGAAGGCGACCCAGGAACCGGCAUUGAUGUCUAGGUCACUGCUGUCCAAGAAACAGCGUGUGACUGGGCCUGAUUUAAAGGUGGAUUCUAACUGUUCUUCUGCCCGCUCCAUGAUGUUCAAAGUACCCUCAGAACCAAGCAACGAAAUGUCAAAAAACAACAGUGAUACCGAGAUAGAUGAAGGUCUUUACUCACGCCAGCUGUAUGUACUGGGUCAUGAGGCAAUGAAGCGUCUCCAGUCAUCCAAUGUGCUGGUAUCAGGCCUGCGGGGUUUAGGUGUGGAGAUCGCCAAGAACAUCAUCCUUGGUGGGGUCAAAGCUGUCACCCUCCAUGAUGAGGGCACCACCCAGUGGGCUGAUCUUUCCUCCCAGUUUUAUCUGCGGGAGGAGGAUAUUGGUAAGAACAGAGCUGAGGUAUCACAGCCCCGUCUUGCUGAGCUCAACAGCUAUGUUCCUGUCAACAUCUACACUGGACCCCUUGUCAAGGACUUCCUUGGUGGUUUCCAGGUGGUAGUACUUACUAACUCUCCCUUGGAGGACCAGCUGCAAGUGGGUGAAUUCUGUCACAGCCAUGGAAUCAAGCUGGUGGUAGCAGACAGUCGGGGGCUGUUUGGGCAACUCUUUUGUGACUUUGGAGAGGAAAUGAUUCUCAUUGAUUCCAAUGGGGAACAACCACUCAGUGCUAUGGUUUCUAUGAUCACCAAGGACAACCCUGGUAUUGUCACUUGCCUAGAUGAGGCCCGGCAUGGGUUUGAGAGUGGCGACUUUGUCUCCUUCACUGAAGUCCAGGGCAUGAGUGAACUCAAUGGUGCCCCUCCCAUGGAGAUCAAAGUCCUGGGUCCUUAUACCUUUAGUGUUUGUGAUACCUCCUGCUUCUCUGACUAUGUUCGUGGAGGCAUUGUCAGUCAGGUCAAAGUAUCUAAGAAGAUCGGUUUCAAAUCCUUAACAGCCUCAUUGGCAGAGCCAGACUUUGUGAUAACAGAUUUUGCUAAGUAUGCACGCCCUGCUCACCUGCAUAUAGGCUUCCAGGCCCUGCACCAGUUUUACAUUCAGUACCAUCGGGUACCUCGGCCACACAAUGAGGAGGAUGCAACAAAACUGGUGGCUCUAGCACAGGCUGUGAAUGCUCAAGCUCUGCCAGCAGUACAACAAGACAUCCUGGAUGAGGACCUUAUUCGGAAACUGGCAUAUGUGGCUGGUGGAGAUCUUGCACCUAUAAAUGCCUUUAUUGGGGGCCUGGCUGCACAGGAGGUCAUGAAGGCUUGCUCUGGGAAGUUUAUGCCUAUCAUGCAGUGGCUGUACUUUGAUGCUCUUGAGUGUCUUCCUGAGAACAGAGCAGGCUUAACAGAAGAUAAGUGUCUUCCACUCCAGAACCGUUAUGACGGGCAAGUGGCUGUAUUUGGCUCAGACCUACAAAAGAAGCUGGGGAAGCAGAAGUACUUUCUGGUGGGUGCUGGGGCCAUUGGCUGUGAGCUGCUUAAGAACUUUGCCAUGAUUGGGCUAGGCUGUGGGGAAGGUGGGGAAAUCACAGUUACAGAUAUGGACACCAUUGAGAAGUCCAACCUGAAUCGGCAGUUUCUCUUCCGGCCCUGGGAUGUCACGAAGUUAAAGUCUGACACAGCUGCUGCAGCUGUGCGUCAAAUAAAUCCUUACAUAAGAGUGACAAGUCACCAAAACCGUGUGGGCCCUGAAACAGAGUGUAUCUAUGAUGAUGACUUCUUUCAAAACCUGGAUGGUGUGGCCAAUGCCCUGGACAAUGUAGAUGCCCGCUUGUACAUGGACCGUCGCUGCGUGUACUACCAUAAACCAUUGUUGGAAUCAGGCACACUGGGUACCAAGGGCAAUGUGCAGGUGGUUAUUCCAUUCCUGACUGAGUCUUACAGUUCCAGCCAAGACCCACCUGAGAAGUCUGUUCCCAUCUGUACACUGAAGAACUUUCCCAAUGCCAUCGAGCACACUCUUCAGUGGGCUCGGGAUGAGUUUGAAGGCCUCUUCAAGCAGCCUGCAGAAAAUGUCAACCAUUACCUCACCGACCCUAAGUUUGUGGAGCGGACACUGAAGCUGACUGGUUCCCAGCCCUUUGAAGUGCUGGAGGCUGUGCAGCGCAGCCUGGUGCUACAACGACCACACACAUGGGCUGACUGUGUGACCUGGGCAUGCCACCAUUGGCACACCCAGUACUCACACAACAUCCAACAGCUGCUGCAUAACUUCCCUCCUGACCAGCUCACAAGCUCAGGAGCACCAUUUUGGUCUGGGCCCAAACGCUGUCCACACCCACUCACUUUUGAUGUCAACAAUCCUCUGCAUCUGGACUACGUUGUGGCUGCUGCCAACCUUUUUGCCCAGACCUAUGGGCUGACAGGCUCCCAGGACCGAGCUGCAGUGGCCACAGUCCUGCGGUCUGUGCAGGUCCCUGAGUUCACACCUAAGUCUGGCAUCAAGAUCCAUGUUUCUGACCAGGAAUUGCAGAGUGCCUUUGUUGAUGACAGCCAACUGAAAGAGCUCACGGUCACACUUCCCAGUCCAGACAAACUUUCUGGAUUCAAGAUGUACCCUAUUGACUUUGAGAAGGAUGAUGACAGCAACUUCCAUAUUGAUUUUAUUGUUGCUGCAUCCAACCUCCGAGCAGAAAACUAUGAUAUUCCCCCUGCAGACAGGCAUAAGAGCAAGCUAAUUGCAGGAAGGAUCAUCCCAGCUAUUGCCACAACGACAGCAGCUAUUGUUGGCCUUGUAUGUCUAGAGCUAUAUAAGGUGGUCCAGGGGCACAGACAGCUGGAGUCCUAUAAGAAUGGCUUCAUCAACUUGGCCAUACCCUUCUUCAGUUUCUCUGAGCCUCUUGCUCCACCCUAUCACCAGUACUAUAAUAGAGAGUGGACAUUGUGGGAUCGCUUUGAUGUACAAGGAUUACAGGCUAAUGGAGAGGAGAUGACCCUCAGGCAGUUCCUAAACUACUUUAAGAAAGAGCACAAAUUGGAGAUCACCAUGCUCUCCCAUGGGGUAUCCAUGCUGUAUUCCUUCUUUAUGCCUGCUACCAAGCUGAAAGAACGGUUGGACCAGCCGAUGACAGAGAUCGUGAGUCAUGUGUCAAAGCGAAAACUCGGCCACCACAUACAGGCCCUGGUACUUGAGCUGUGUUGCAACGAUGAGAGUGGAGAGGACAUUGAAGUUCCUUAUGUACGAUACAUCAUCCGCUGACCAUUGGCCAUCAUUUAUAUUAGGCCCCAACAGUGUACUUCCAGAUCCAUUCUAGCUGUGACAAGAGCUGAGCCCCU